UCCUCGACUACAGAAACAGUUCGCAGUAAGAGGUUUACCUGUUCUUAAACUAACCAGAGAAGCUGAUGCCUUAAUGGUGGACUAUAGACACAUCUUCGUGAUCAUUCAUUGUGGAAAUAUAGCUAUUCCUUUACAAGACCUCCAAGACUAGCGUUUUGAUGUCACAUUCCCAAAGCAACUGAACCCCGUCAGAGAAACAGCAGACAUAAAGAUAGCCAAAGGAUUCUUCAUCUUCAGAGAGGACAAAGAAUAAGGAAGAAGGGAGGUUUUGAAGCUUGAACACCCACCACCCUGAUUGAAUAAUGGUGACUUUUUGAGAGUGCGUUGAUCUCAGGUCAAGGCCUACAUGCCACUGUGAUCACUAAGAAGCGGACAAAGGAAAAAAAUAAUUUACAAAAAUCAUAUUAAAAGCAGGUGCAAAUCUCAUCACUGAGAGACGAUCCCCUCACAAACUGAAUUCUGGGAAACAGAAUGCCAGCGAAGACGCCCAUGUACUUAAAGACUACCACACCCAAGCGGGGGAAGAAGCUCAAGCUGCGAGACGUCCUGUCCAGUGACAUGAUUAGCCCCCCGCUAGGGGACAUGCGCCACAGUGCCCAUGUCGGGCUGGAGGGAGAGGGCGACAUGUUCGGAGACGUAGGCUUUUUACAGGGCAAGAUGGACAUGUUGCCCGCCCUGAACGGCUUACCACGGUCCCACAGUAUGGAGAGGCAGCUGGAUGAAGUCUACCCCAUGAACGACAAAGGACUCAACCACUCUUGUAACAACCACCGCAAUCCCUACCACCAUUCCACCAGCCUGCUGAAGAGCACCAUCUCCAUGCCUGUGUUCAUCGCCCCCGAGCAGGCCCCUCCCAAGCCGCCUCGGCUCCACCUGGAGGACUUGACCCCCCCGUCCCAGCAGCAACAGCAACAGCAGCAGCAGCACCAACCUCAGCCGAACAACCAUAUCCACAACGACCACAACCAGCAGCGGCAUCACUCCAUGUCUGUGUGUGACCAGAGUGUCGGCUGCUACAUGGACCCUUGCCACAACCUUAAUUACUCUGCCUCCUUCAGGCACCUGGUGCCCUCCUCCGGCUCCUUCUCAGAGGUCUCAUCAGAGGACUCCAUGUCAGAGAGCUGUGGCCCCCUGGAACCUCAGAGGGGGCUGAGCCUGGAUUCAGACGCUGGCCUGAGCAAUGAGGACCUGAGGAGCGAGCGGAGUGAGUCGCCCACCGUGUGCCCUAGAUUCUCUCCCGGUGUCUCCCGCUCAGAGUCCCUGACGGGCUUGGAUCUGGACCUGGGGCCAUCCAUCCUGGAGGAUGUGCUGAGGAUCAUGGACCGCUACAAGAGUGUUGAUGACCACUGUGAUUUGUGAGCAGAUGGGGGGAAAGGGGUUUAGACACUGCUCUGCAGAGAGGUGUGUGGUACACUUUUUUUUUUACCAUCCUCCAUAUAGCCUAAUGAUGAUUGGGCUGGUCAGGCAGGCAGGCAGGCAGGCAGGCAGGCAGGCAGGCAGGCAGGCAGGCAGAGACAGAGACAGAGACAGAGACAGAGACAGAGACAGAGACAGAGACAGAGACAGAGACAGAGACAGAGACAGAGACAGAGACAGACACAGACACAGACAGACAGACAGACAGACAGACAGACAGACAGACAGACAGACAGACAGACAGACAGACAGACAGACAGACAGACAGACAGACAGACAGACAGACAGACAGACAGACAGACAGACAGACAGACAGACAGACAGACAGACAGACAGACAGACAGACAGACAGACAGACAGACAGACAGACAGACAGACAGACAGACAGACAGACAGACAGACAGACAGACAGACAGACAGACAGACAGACAGACAGACAGACAGACAGACAGACAGACAGACAGACAGACAGAGGAUAGUGCCAGGACUGACAGGCUAAAAAGCCUGGGACUUAAGACGGCUGUAAAUGUGGGACUAUAUAAUAUCCAGACUGGAUACACAGCAGCUUCAGAACCAACCAUUUGUCUUUUGAUAUUCAGAAUCACAAUGGGGGUGAGACAAUAAUUUCUCCCACCCAAAUGUUGUCUAAUUUUUCACAGACUAUCAUUUUACAUGUUUUUCAGCAUAAUUCAUACUUCACUAACUCUCUAAGUAAGCUAUGUAGUUUUGUGAUAGGAUGAAAUGUAGUUGUCUGAAAAUACAAUUAAUGUACUUAAAAACCCUUCAAGGUUUGUGUUUUUUUUCCAUGAAAUAUCAUAUUGCUGAUAUUCUUCCAGGAACACAUUUUUUAAAAUUCUGUAUGUACAUCUGAUUGAAUUUUACUGUUCUAUGUCAGAACAAUACGAUCAAGACUGGAGUAUGCUAUGUAUUAGUUUGCCAUCUAGUGGCAUAUGUAAGAAUGACACCCAAAAUGCAGCAGUUCGAGUAGGGUGAAAAGUGAGGUCAAAAUGUUGUUUUCUGGGGGCUAAAGUGCAUUAGAAUCAAAGUUUCAGAAAUGUGCAGCUUCUUCAAAAUCCUUUAAAUAUAGUGGGAUGACCAGAGAAGGUUUCUCUUUUGUAACAACUGUGCAAUUUGUGGACUUGAAUCGAAUCCUUCAGCAUUUUCUUCUAUUGCGUUGUUAAAUUACAGUGUAUCUCCAAUUGUUAUGUAUAUAACUGUAAUGUAUGAAAUAAAUAUGGGAAUUAGAUGCUGUA